UCCAGAGAAUUGAAACCAACAACUGAGCUGAGACAGUAGCAGUAGGUUACACCGAGUCUUAGUAGUAAUAUCAAAGAUCUUCCUCUCUGGUAUGUAUCGAAUUCGCUGUAGUAAUGUGGCUGAAACUAUAGAACUUUUGAAUCAAAAAAAGUUAAGUUGUCUAAUCUGUGUAGGUUUACUGGAUCCGCUGAGUAUUCCCUGUGGACAGAGUUACUGUAAAAUCUAUAAUGGUAACUGGGUUCAGGAUCACCAAAAUGAUCCCUUCCACAUCUGCCUUAAGUGCAGACAGACGUACACCCCAAGACCUGAACUAUAUAGAAACACCAAGCUUGAUGAAGUGGUGGAAAAAAUAGAAAAGACUGGACUGCAAGCUGAUGACACUGGAUCUGGAAACAUAGUCAUAUACUCCAAGUCAUAUACUGAGGAAAUACUGAGGAAACAUACUGAGGAGAUACUGCGCAAACAUAUGCUGAGAAGUCAGCACCUGGUCAGCAUGAACAAGAAAAAGAUGAGUGGGAGCAAGACACGCAAACAAGAAGCCCAGUCACCAGCUCCCUCUUCCAGCAGACAGGACUUGGAGUUUCAGGAUCCAGAGCCAGGGAAGAUACAGGAACUGUAUGCCCAAAUGGAUGACAUCCUGGAUAGGGUGACUCAAAACAACUUCCACCAAUCAAUGAAUGCAAUAACUGAGCUCACCAUGAACACAGAGGGCAGACUGAGGGCCAUAACUGACCUCAUAUAUGAGAGGGCCAUAGCACACCCUGCCAGCUCUGUGGUCUAUGCCAACAUGUGCCACUACCUCAUGGGGCUCAAAGUACCCACGGCUGCCGUACCAGGAGUGACACAAAAUUUCCGCAAGAUGCUUCUGAACCGAGUCAUGACAGACUUUGAGAACAUGGGGAGGGACAGUCAUGAAAUCUUGCAGAAGAAGAUGGACACCAUCACCAAGGAGGAGGAUGGCCAGCAACUGAGGGAAGAGCUGGAGGAGGUCAAGGCCAAGGUGCGGAGGCAGUCUCUAGGCAACAUCCAGUUCAUGUGCGAGUUGUACAGGUUGAAGAUGAUUACGGAGGCCAUCAUGCACGACACCAUCGUAAAGCUGUUGAAGAACCACGAGGAUGAUUCGCUGGAGUGUUUGUGCACCUUACUCUCCACCAUCGGCAAGGAAUUGGACUUUGAGAAGGCCAGGCCCAGAAUGGAUCAGUACUGCAACCAGAUUGAGAAGAUUGUGAAGAAUAGGACAAUCUCCCCCAGAAUCACAAGCAUGCUGCAAAAUGUGCUGGAUCUCCGAAAGACAGAAAUACCCCAGCUUGCUGAAAAGAUGGAGAAGACCAGACUGCAAGCUGACGAUCACACUGGACCUGCAGAUACGGAACCUCUUUUGCGGCCUCAUUAUAAGUCAUCACCCAUGAAGAAACAGGAGCUGAUUAGCAUAUUUACACCACUACAGGAGAACGUAUGUCCUCAUGAUGAUAAACUGAAAGCUGAAGACCAUGAGACAGACUCUGCAGGGAGGGCUGCAGCAGGGCGGGCUACCAAGAAGAAAAAGGUUAUUGUGCCCUUUAAAACAUGCCAGCAGAUAAUCCAGGAGAGAGAGGAGGAGCUACAGAAACUGAGACAGGAAGUGGAGUCUCUAAAGUGCUUAUCUCAGGCUACACUGGAGGACGGUGAGAGGUUCUUCACCAAAUUGAUUGAGACAAGGUGCUCAGAGGUGAGAGAGCGGAUCCAAGCAAAAGAGAAGGAGAUGGUGAGUGAGGCUGAGGGACUCAUACAGACACUUGAGCAGGAGCUUGAUGAGCUGAAGAGGACUGAAACAGAGGGUAGGCAGCUUCCACACAUAGAGGACGUCCCCCAUUUCUUCCAGAAAUUGCCCAGCAUCACUGAAGCUUUUGGAAAAGUGAAGAGGAUAUAUGCCACUAAACUCCAAAAGCUAUUUGAAAAUACCUCCAAGAGACAAUUUAAGAUGUUUUAUGAAAUAGUUGAAGAAAUGCUGGAACCAUACAGUAAGCAUUACCAUUACAGCACAAUUGGCCCAAUUUUUUUAAAGGGGCAAUCGGGGGCAACAACUCGUCAACCUGCCACUUUUUGGGCCAUCACUUCUCUUGACAGACAGGAGGUGGAAGAAAAGGACCUGGAGGACUUUGUGGACCUAGAUACAGUGAAGACAGAGGAAAUAUAUGCACAAAUGGAUGACAUCCUGGACAGGCUGACUCCUAAGAACUUCCAUCAGUCGAUGAAGGUAGUGAGUGCAUUUACCAUUGACACAGAGGACAAACUCAAGGGCUUUAUUGACCGCAUAUAUAAGAAUGCCAUUAAAUACCCUACCUACGCUGAUGUCUACGCCAAGGUGUGCCACCAUCACCAACUCAUGGGGCUGAAAAUACCCGGAGUGACAGUACCUUUCCGCAAGCUGCUGCUGAACCGAUGCCAGAAGGGCUUUGAGAAAGACAAUAGUAAGAUCUUAAAGGAAAUGCAGCGAGAACUGGACGCGAUCACUGAGAAGGAGGACCAACAGCGACUGAGGGAGGAGCUGGAGGAGACGAAGGCAGAUGGGCAGCGGGAGUUGCUAUGCAACAUCAAGUUCAUGUGCGAGUUGUUCAAGCUAAAGAUGAUUAUGGAGGCUGUCAUGCACAACUGCAUUGUAAAGCUACUAAAGAAUGGUGAUGAUGGUUCACUGGAGGGCCUGUGCACAUUACUCUUCACCAUCGGCAAGGACUUAGAGGAGGAUUCUCAGGAGGCUGAGCCCAGAAUGGAUCAGCACUACAGGCAGAUUGUGGUGAUCAUUAAGAAAAAGAGGACGUCCCCCAGAAUCCGCUACAUGCUGUGUGACGCGAUGGACCUCAGAGAGCUCAAUUUGGGGAAAAAUAAAGACAAUUGAAGCCAAGAACCAGAUGUUUUCUAUGAGGUUAAAUGAUGUCCCGUGUAGCUCAGUUGGUAGAGCAUGGCGCUUGCAACGCCAGGGUUGUGGGUUUGAUUCCCAAGGGGGACCCGUAUGAAAAUGUAUGGACUCAAUACUGUAAGAUGCUCUGGAUAGGAGCAUCUGCUUAAUGACUUAAAUGUAAAUGUUAAAACACACAUCGAUCACAUUGGAAAAUUAUAUUGAAAUAUUGAUAGUUCAUAAUAAUUGAGUCAUAAGAUGUACCGUAUCCUACAAUAAAUUCAUUUUUUUCCUCUGCAAA